AGCUGAGGAAUGUGAGAGUGUGAUGCUUCUUCGCUGACUGUUUUGGCAUCCCUGGUUGAGAGAGGCAGUGGCUCUAGACAUCUACCUCACUGUUGUUGGCUUCGUCUAUUCUCAUAAUUUUGGGUACUGUAUCAUCAAGGAUUCUGAACGACUUUCCUGUGUUGGCUACUUGUUCGUAGCCAUGCCUGGCUGGGAAACAUGCGGGCCCAACGAAUGUAUGGUCGUGUCAGGGUGCUGCCACAGUCCUCCGCUCAUGGUACCUGGUGGUCGGGUGUUUGUGUGGCCAUACAUUCAGAAAGUUCAAAAAUUGUCUCUGAACACACUGACCCUGACCAUUGACAGCAAUAAGGUCUACACUAAGCUUGGUGUGCCUAUCUCUGUAAUCGGUAUCGCCCAGGUGAAGAUCCAGUCCAACAACCGUGAUAUGUUAGCUACAGCAUGUCAACAGUUUCUCGGCAAGCCGCCGAGCGUGGUGCAGGACAUUGUACUGCAAACCUUGGAGGGUCACCAACGCGCCAUUAUGGGAACAAUGACAGUAGAGGAAAUAUAUUCAGAUCGGCAAAAGUUUUCCAAUCAAGUGUUUGAGACUGCCUCUGCUGACUUUGUCAACAUGGGCAUUUCUAUUAUCAGUUACACGAUGAGGGACGUUCACGAUGAUAUUGGAUAUUUAAGUGCGCUGGGUAAGGCACGUACCGCAGAGGUAAAGCGUGAUGCUCAGAUUGGUGAAGCUAGUGCUGCUCGAGAUUCUGGUAUAAAGUCAGCACGUGCAGAACAGCAACAGCUGGCAUCACAGUUUGAGAAUGACAUUGAAGUGGCACGGGCCCAGCGCGACUUUGAUCUCAAGAAGGCAGCUUACGACAGGGAAGUGAAUACGAAGAAAGCUGAAUCGGAUCUAGCUCAUUCGCUGCAAACUGCCAAAACCCGUCAGCAAAUUGAGGAAGAGAAGAUGCAGGUUAAGGUUAUUGAACGUCAACAAGCCAUCAGUGUUCAAGACCAGGAAAUUCAACGUCGUCAGCGAGAAUUAGAAGCCAGCGUCAAGAAGCCUGCUGAUGCUACUCGAUACAAGAUGCAAACCCUGGCUGAGGCUGAGAGGAAACGCAUUGUCCUGGAGGCCGAAGCUGAAGCUGAAGCAAUUCGGGUGCGUGGUGAAGCUGAAGCCUUUGCCAUUGAAGCAAAGGCAAGCGCUGAAGCCGAGCAGAUGGCCAAGAAGGCGGAUGCCUGGAAAGAAUACCAGGAUGCAGCCAUGGUGGACAUGGUCCUGGAAACCCUGCCCAAGGUGGUUGCUGAAGUGUCUGCCCCGCUUGCCAAGGCCAAGCAUGUAGUGAUGAUAUCCGGUGGCGAUGGUGAAAUUGGUGCUGCCAAGAUGACCAAGGAAGUGCUGGACAUUGUCAAUUUAUUGCCAGAAACUGUGCAACGACUGACUGGUGUAGAUGUCUCAAAGGUGAUCAAGGCGACAGCAUAAAGACCCAGCUCUUCUUUGCGUGCUGACAACAAUCACGUUGUGUCACUGCAUCUACUAUACCGUAUUCGUUUUUUCUUCUUCUUGCCAGUACCCAUGCAUACUCGUGUGCGUGUGUGUGCAAAUAAUUGGCAAACCUUUGUGUCCGUUACCAUAGUUGGGAACCUUGAAAACUAACAGUUGUACAGUAGCAAUCAUGAGUAGGUAGGAAAUUUGUUUGCUCCCCUGUAAGCUGUAGAGGUCACAUUAUGUUCUUAGGGGUUUCCCCCAGUCAUGCCAUCCUUCCUGUGGUACCACUUUCUACCCUACUCCGAAGUAUUUUCAACAUAGGUUACUGCUUUCCGUGUAUCUCGGCUUCUACUGCUAGGUUUUCCCCCAGCUCAUGCUAUAAAGCCCAUCUGUUUACUGCCUAUACGAGGACUGGGAAAUAGUUUUGCUGAUCUCUGUGUUCUACGUGGAGAUUCAACAAAUUUUACGUACUUUUUAGUGUACAAGUCAAGUGGCAGUAUGCGGCGCUGGCAUUCUGCUGUCCUAUGCUCGACUUGUAUUCCAGUACUGUUUUAUGAUUUUAUGCUUGUUAGACAUCUUAGGUUUGGUUGUGUAUGUGUCUGUGAUAGUUUUGUCAGUGAUGCUGAUGCUAGAAGAACUGUUCCUUUUUUUACCUUCUCUUUCUAUCCUUUUUCAACGUAGAGUAGGUUGGCAGCAAUUUGCUGUUUGUUUACUAUACGCUUUUUCAAGCACA